AUGAUCGGAAGAGACGGUGGUUCGAUUCCGGACGGUGACUUAACGGCGGCGGAAUCACGAGUUUCUGCAUCGUUACCAUGUCUACGGAAGAAUAUAGUCGAAGCUGGAAUGAGAGAUAUCUUCUACGGCGAAGAUGACGGGGAAGAUUGGAUGUUUAGAGAAGAAGUUGAACAAGACACGGUGAUGAGAGCUUAUAGAAGUGACGAAGCCAUGAGAUCUUUCCAAAACACAAGACUAAGAAGAAGAAGAAGAACGUUCUUUGGUUUUGAGUGUUUUGACUUUCUCAGACUUUUCUUCUCUAGAAAUCAGAACUAA